GGUAAUGGACCAAUAGGAUGUGGUGGGGAUGGAGCUCUCCCCGGGUCCUAGGGCGGCCCGGGUUUGCAGCCCCCGCCCCAGGCCAUGUGGGAGCCUCACAGCGCCGAGGCGUUCGCGGCGGCCCUAGGCGGGGUCUUCUUCCUGCUUCUCUUCGCCCUGGGCGUCCGCCAGCUGCUGAAGCAGAGACGGCCGUCGGGCUUCCCCCCGGGACCGUCGGGGCUGCCAUUUAUCGGCAACAUCUACUCACUGGCUGCCUCGGCCGAACUCCCCCAUGUCUACAUGAAAAAGCAGAGCCAGGUGUACGGCGAGAUCUUCAGUUUGGAUCUUGGAGGUAUAUCAGCUGUGGUUCUAAAUGGCUAUGAUGUAGUAAAGGAAUGCCUUGUUCAUCAAAGUGAAAUUUUUGCAGACAGACCAUGUCUUCCUUUAUUCAUGAAGAUGACAAAAAUGGGAGGCUUACUUAAUUCCAGAUAUGGCCGAGGAUGGAUUGAUCACAGAAAAUUAGCUGUAAAUAGCUUUCGCUGUUUUGGAUAUGGCCAGAAAUCUUUUGAAUCUAAAAUCUUAGAAGAAACCAAUUUUUUCAUUGAUGCUGUUGAAACAUACAAUGGUAGCCCUUUUGACUUAAAACAAUUAGUAACAAAUGCUGUUUCAAACAUAACCAAUCUAGUCAUUUUUGGAGAACGAUUCACUUAUGAAGACACUGAUUUUCAGCACAUGAUUGAGUUAUUUAGUGAAAAUGUGGAACUAGCUGCCAGUGCCUCAGUCUUCCUCUAUAAUGCCUUUCCAUGGAUUGGCAUCUUACCUUUUGGAAAACAUCAACAACUGUUUAGAAAUGCAGCUGUGGUCUAUGACUUUCUCUCUAGGCUUAUUGAAAAAACUUCCAUCAACAGAAAACCGCAGUUACCUCAGCAUUUUGUUGAUGCUUAUUUAGAUGAGAUGGAAAGAAGUAAAAAUGACCCAUCAUCUACUUUCUCCAAAGAAAACCUAAUUUUUUCUGUGGGUGAACUCAUCAUUGCUGGAACUGAAACUACAACUAAUGUGCUACGGUGGGCAGUUCUUUUCAUGGCCCUUUAUCCUAACAUUCAAGGACAAGUUCAGAAAGAGAUUGACUUAAUUAUAGGACCCAGUGGGAAGCUUUCUUGGGAUGACAAGUGUAAAAUGCCUUACACCGAGGCAGUUUUGCAUGAAGUUUUAAGAUUCUGUAACAUAGUGCCGUUAGGGAUUUUCCAUGCAACCUCUGAGGAUGCAGUUGUACGUGGUUAUUCCAUUCCUAAAGGCACAACAGUAAUCACAAAUCUUUAUUCUGUACACUUUGACGAAAAGUAUUGGAGAGACCCAGAAAUAUUCUAUCCAGAGCGAUUUCUGGACAGCAGUGGAUAUUUUGCCAAGAAGGAAGCUUUGGUUCCCUUUUCCCUAGGGAGAAGACAUUGUCUUGGAGAACAGCUGGCUCGGAUGGAAAUGUUCCUGUUUUUCACAACAUUGCUUCAGAGGUUUCAUUUGCAUUUUCCACAUGAACUGGUUCCAAACCUGAAGCCCAGGUUAGGCAUGACAUUGCAACCCCAGCCCUACCUCAUCUGUGCAGAAAGACGCUGAAAGUACACAGAUGUUUUGUGGAACAAGCUGUUCGCCUCACCCUCAAACCUUAUUUAAUUAUGUGUUUGGACAGGAAUCACAGCAUCAUAAAACCAAAUGAACAGAGAUGUAUCUUUAAAAGCAGUACUACUAUAAUAAUAUGCAUUAGCUAUUGUUUUUUCCUUAUAAGUCUUAUGACUUAUAAUUCCACUUAAAGUGGAAUUAUCUGAGGAAAACAGAGGUGCAAAUGGCAGCUCUUGCAUCAGUUUCCUGACUUUUUAACCUCUUAUUGAGCACCAGGUACCUGUCAUCCAUUCUUGACUCCAGCUUGCUCCUUUCUGAUAUAUUUGCCUCCAAUGCCAGUGCCAGCUCCUUUCUAAUCAGGUAUUAUCUGUGUUACCACACAAUCCAGUCCAGUUUCAUAGUAGACCAAAGAAAUUAGAACGCAAAUAAGUGAGUUUGGACUACAGAGGUAUUUUAUUAGAUGCAGUGGUAGACGACAGAAUAUAUAUUUAUAUAGUAUAUUUAAUAUAAAACCUGCUAAUACUUUCAAGUCUUACUUCCUACUAUAGUUUCAUAAGAGUUGUAUCAUUCUUCCUACAUAUGAGGGUCCUAUGAUAUAUAAUAAUGAUAUGAUAUUGAUAAUGAUAUAUGAUAAUGUAUUUAAAAAUGACGGGUAGCAUGACCUAGAUGCUUAAUGAUGUAAUAAAAAGCCUGUUUCUUCACAUCCCUCAAGUUUGCUUUCCAGAUGAUACUAGCUUUAUCUUAAGGCUGGCUUUUGGAAGUACAUGUUCUUUGCCCAUGUCCUUUCAAGAUACUGAGCUUGGAUUGUUUUUGGGAGAGCAAGGGAGCUUUUCAGAUGUUCCCUUAAAACUGUUCUUUGUGUCCCAUAGGUCCUAACUAACCUAUGUGUCCACCCAUUAAAACUAUGUCUUGAGACUUCCCUGUCGGUCCAGUGGUUAAGACUCUGUGGUUCCAAUGCAAGGGACACAGGUUCGAUCCCUGGUCAGGGAGCCAAGAUCCCACGUGAUAGAUGGCCAAAAAAACAAAAACAAAAAAACCUGUCUUGUGAACAUGGAGGCAACCCAAGUGCCCAGUAACAGAUGACUGGAUUAAUAAAAUGUGAGAUAGAUAUAGAUAGAUAGAUAGAUAUAGAUAGAUAGAUAGAUAGAUGCUAUUUAUUUUCUUUACCUUGCAUCUAAGGAAAUGUAUUUUUCCCUGAUCAAGUUAAUGUAAACCUGAUGAAGAUCAUUUAAAUAUGUAGAUUCACAAGUUGUUAAUGUUAGAAGAGGUCUAAUCUCACUUGAUGUGCUCAUUUUAUGGCCAAGGAAGUAGGCGUUCAGAUAGGGAAAUGAAGAGCAUGGCCCUCUUUCACCUCAUCCAUGUAUUUUUUUAAUCCAAGCUGUUUAUUGGGAUGGUUCCUCACUUAUCCUGAUUCAGAGUGCUUUUAGUGCUUCCAUCUGAAGGAGCAUCCUUUUGUAAGCCUUGUUUUUCCUGCUGUGGGCUGGCGGAGUCCUGCUGACUGUGCCAGAGCCCCAGUUAGCACAUGGCUAACAAUGGUGGUGAUCUACAGCAUUCUGGGCAUUUCACAUCCAUGAGGUAAGAACUGCAGCUCUGUCCCAGGUACUUCUUUUUGUGUAUUCUCUUCUCUUCUGAAGAGGGAUGAAGGAGCUUCUUUGUAAGAUGCGCAUUCUUGUCAGGAGGUCAUCAGACCAUCUCUUAUCCUUCUUACUCACACCCAAUAAUUUAUACUAUGCUUUAUAGUUCAUAUGAGCAACUGAACUGAACUUACAGUUCAUAAAGUUGUUUUCAUACUGGCAACUCUUGACUAUUUUCAGCCAAUUUUAACUGGUAAAAAUAAAGUACUGCAAUUUUAGAAAAAUAUAAAUUAACAUGAAUUUAAUAAGUAAUCCAUAAUGGAUAAUAUUUCUUUUUUGGAACUAUAUAGUAACAGACUAUCGAUCUACUAUAGUGAGAAUGCCUUCUCUCUGAUCAGUCAGUGGUGAGCUACUAACUUAAAAUGUUAGAAUUCACUUAUGGUUUAAGAUGGCAACUGAGCAUACUUAUUUCUUCUCUACAAAUGCCACUGAAAUAACCAAAAGGAUAGAAAAAGGGAUAAAGGCAUUGAUGAUGGGGUUGGAGGGAUAUAUUAGUGAAUCAGCUACUCCCAGGUUCUAAAAGAUGGAAUGUAAAUGGGAUAAUAUUGAAAGAACCACAGAUAGGACCAUGCAUAGACAAAGCCUGAGGUAGAGAUAGGAGCUCAUUCUUCACAGCUGAUUAUGGAAAAAGCAAGUAGCCAAGGAGAGUAGUACACAAGGACAGCAAGAGUGGAAAGAAAUCAUGUUGAUGCUCCUGUCCCCAUACUGCUUUCUCUUCUUGUUUGUGCAGCUAUAGAAUGUGCUCCCAGUGCUAAAGUAAAUGUUUAAAUAAAUUGAGUACUAUGUCUGGGAGGUAGUGGUGCUCCUACAUAGGGAUUGGAGCCGUCAAUUGGCAGCCCCUUAAUUUGGUCUGAUUUUGGACCUAAAGUUCUACAUAACCAAAAUGAUUAACCAGGUGGAAGGGCAAAUUUCAGUCAACCAAGUGAUGACUGGGGAAACAUCAGCAAAAGGGCUAGUGUUAAGAAUUGAAUGUAUUUAACUAUAGUACUAACACUAAAACAAAGGUUGGAAUAAGUGCAACAAAAUAAUGUGUAAAAGUUUAUACUCUGACAGUGUGGAAAUAAUGUAUCUAACAAAAAUAAAUGAGAGGAAAAAAAGGUGGAAAGUAGAAUAAAUCUCAUUGCUUCAUGUAUAAUAGUUAGAAGUCAAAGAAUAUAAUUUGACAAAUCAAGUAUUAAAUGUUUGAGUAAAUUUAAGAGUAUAAAAGUAAAUGGUAGUAAUACUGCUUAAAAUUGGGUACUGGAAGACAUGGAAGAAGAAAACGUCCAUGUUAAUUUAUUAUUCUUAGAAGAGAAGCAGAUAUUAUCCAAACAUAUUAUAUAAAGGUAUAAGCAUAAAGAUGACCACUAAAUCAAAAAUACAAGCCCACAAAAAAGAAAAAAAAUACAAGCCUUCCUAAAUGUCAGGAGAACUAAAAUUAAUAAAGAACAGAUUAUAUGAGAGAACUAAAAAGGCUUAUCUUACCUAUUAAAACUAUAUUCAAAUUGGAUCACAGAGAUAACUUGAUGAUAUAGUUAUGUUGUAUAUGAGAAACAUCUUAAAAAAAAAAGUUAAGAAUAUAAGGAUGAGUAAGGUCAUACCAGGCAAAUGCAAAUAGAAAGCAUGACUCAUGAUCUUAAUAAAACAAGGUAGAAUUCAAGGCAGAAAGCAUAAGCAAGACAAAGAAAUUCACUCUUUAAAGACUCCUAAAGACUUCACUCCUAAAGACUCUGAUUCUAGAAGUUACAAUAAUUAUGAAUAACUGUUGCACCAAAAAGCAGUAUCUUUCAUGAAGCAAAAAUGGCAAGAGGUACAAGGAAAAAUGUAUGGAUGUAUAUUAAUACUAAAAAACUAAUUCACUUCUCUCAACCUAAGACAAAUCAAGUGGAUCUCAAAAAAUAAAGAUAAAGAAGACCUAUACUAAGAAUUCGCUGGUUGUUCAGUGGUUAGGACUCCACUCUUCCACUGCAGGGAGCACAGGCUCAGUCCUUGGUUGGGGAACUAAGAUCCUGCGUGCCCUAGAGUGAGGCCAAAAAGAGUCGUCUGUACUGCAUAAUCAGUAAGGUAGAACUGAGGAAUACACAUCAAAUUUUAUAUCUGAUAAUAGAGUAUGCUAUUUUUAUACAUGUUGAUGAAAAUUGACCACGCAAUGGAUCAAAAGUUGAACUUUGAAAAAUUUCAGAAGUAUAAAUAUUACAGAUUUCAUUAUCUGAGCAUAAGAUAAUAAGAAUGGGUAUUAAUAACGGAAUAAUAAAACCAAAAUUGCCUUCGUAUCUUGAAAUUAAAAUUGUAAGAUAAUCACUGGACAGGGGGAAAACAAACAAUAAUUGGAGAAUUUCUAGAAAACAUGAUAAAAACAUCAGAAUCUAUGGAAUACAGCUGCAGUAGUCUUCAGAAGAAAAUUCACAGCCCUAUGUACUUGUUUAGAUGAAAAAAUAAAUCUCGAGGAUGAGCUAGGCAUGCUUUUUGUAAAUUAGAAAAACAGCAAACCAAAGGAAAGUAGAAGGAAAAAUUACAAAUUCUGGAUAAGCAGGAAUUAAUGAGUUAGACAAUAGAAAAUAAGACCAAUAGGUUGUAUCCUUUUUUUUAAAAAUCCAUAUGCUAAAUCAAGGGUCAACAAUUUUAUACUUCACAGGUGAAAUUUGGCCCACCAUCUGUUUUGUAUGACCCCAAGUUAAUGGUUUUUACAUUUUUACAUGCAUGGUUAAAAAAAAGAAUGGCUGAAUGAGGGGAAUUAGGGUAAAUGGGUCAACAUGUGAUAAAGCAAUAUAGGAAAAUGUAAAUUCUAGCAUCUAGACUGUUUAAGGGUGUUUCUUCUAUAAUUCUUUCAACUUUUCUGUUUGAAAUUUUUGAUAAUAAAAUAUUGGGAGGAACACUAAAAACAAACAAAAUAUUUUGUGAUAAAUGAAAAUUUUCUGCAUUUCAAAUUUAAUGUUCAUAAAGUUACAUCUCUUUCCUGAAAGAGAAUUUUAAUAAUUGUAAGAAAUUGAUUUGUAAAACUCAGUGCAAAGAAGUUUGAAGACCUGAAUGAAAUGGAUAAUCUCCAUGAAAACAUAAUUUACCAGAGUCUAGUUUUCAUAAAAGAAAAGUUGCCAAAGAUGACCUUCAGAAAACUAUUUGAGCUCUUCUAGAGCAUAGAAUGGAGGAGGAAAUGGCAACCCACUCUAGUAUUCUUGCCUGGAUAAUUCCAUGGACAGAGGAGCCUGGCAGGCUACAGUCCAUGGGUCGCACAAGUCAGACACAACUUAGUGACUAGAGAGAGAGCUAGAGAGAGCAUAGAAAUGAAAAGGAAAUUUUUUUCUUUUGGCUGCUUCACUCAGCAUAUGGUAUCUUAGGUUCCCGAUCAGGGAUCGACUUGUGUCCCUUGCAUUGGAAGCACAGAGUCUCUCAAUCACUGGCCCACCAGGGAACUCCCCUGGAUGUCAAUUUAAAUGUCCUAAAUAAGUUACUAAGAAAGGAUCCAAUAGUACAUUUAAAAAUUAAUACAUUCCAAUCAAGUCAAGUUUACUCUAGGUAAACUAUAUGAAUGGUUCAAUAUUAGAAAAUGUUAUUAUUAUUAAUCAUUUACAGAGAAAACUUAUAUGGACAAGCUCAUACAUACUGAAAAGACACUUGACAAAAUUUAGCAUUGAGUGAAAUACAAAUUGAUAGAAUGAAUACAUCAAUAUAUACAUAUAUACACCUCUAGGGGACUUCCCUGGUGGUACAGUGGUUAAGACUCCACGCUUAAGGCAGUGGUGGAGGUUCAAUAUCUAAUCAGGGAACUAAGAUUCCACAUGCUGCAUGGUGUGACAACAACAACAAUAUAUACAUAUAUAUAUAUAUAUAUAUAUAUACACACACACCCCCACUGGAGAA